UGCCUACUGUAGUAAUAAAAGUAGUUUAAAACAGGUGUUUCGUAAAUAAUGCGUGCAAUCUUAAUUAUAUAGAAGUUCACAUAAUUCAGGGUUGACUUGCAUCGUUAUUUGGUCGUUUAAAGAAUUUAAGUCAGACGUAAAAGGUGAUUAUGAAAUAAACUGUAACAAUUUCCUGGAAACAAGGUAUUUGUUCGCCGCUUGUCUUGGGCGUUUGAAAUACAAUGUUACAGGAUGAUGCCAAUGAAAGAAGAUUUUUAAAGGGUUUAUUGUGAGUCUUUUGGGUUUGUUCUUGUGCGCUACAACUAUCGCCGUUAGGAGGACCAGUUGCUGUCGCAGUUGAGGCGACGCGGGCGGGGCCAGCCCAAAUAAUGACGGAGGGGGGGGGGGAGCCGAAGACAACAAACCCGGCGGAAUGUAGGCCAGCAUGGUGACCCAAUUCCUGCGCGCAAACACGGCGAGCAAAUGUAGAACACGCCGUUCCCUGGCCGUCGUCGGGACUCGGCGCGGCUCCAAUGAAUUCUCCGCUUUCUCUCUGUGUCAGGGAUGUAUGUUGGGGGGGUGCCGUAUCCCCAGGAAAAAAGUAAAGGGGCGCGUUUGUGCCCCCCCCGCUUGCUUAAUCAUAUUAAAACUGCACGUUUUAUUUUAAUGAUCUAGGUUCGUGAUAAGGGGGCAAUCCCAGGAACUCCAGCGGUGACUGUGACGCAGGACUGAUGGUCUCGCGCAGGAAUACAAGACGUACACAUGAUUUCUUGAAAAUUUUAGAACCAGGAGGUCAGAGGACCAUGGAGAGGUGGAGGUUCGCCACAGAAGAGGCCGGAAGACCUGGGUGUGAGACCGGCCCCGACUCGGAUGCCAGGUCUGUCGAGCAGGCCGGUGCGACAGAGACGGAUCGGCCUAUCAAGGUGAAAAGGGAAGAGCUAAUUAGCGCCCCCUGCAAGGUGCCCCGCUUUCGGUAUGUGGACUUCCCCUCCCUGCACCAGUGCAUCCGGCAGCUUACCGUCCCCCCCCUGGACAGCUGGCUGGCACGGUGCCCCCCGCCACGGGGGCCCACUGGCGCCGCCCCUGUGGCCGCCAAGGAUGGUGUGCCCAACUUCAAGUACGUGGACUACCCCUCACUUCACCACUGCAUCCAGCAGCUCUCUGUGCCGCCCCUAAAGACUUGGAGAUCUGAGGCGGCCCAGCCCCAGGGACACGACGGCGGUACCACAGUAGGUUCUGGUGCAGUGAAGCGGGACUGGGAUGGGCAGGCCAAAUCCAACACACGGAGCAGCUGCCCCGCCCGAGACACAGGGGUCUCGGAUGUUUCACCUCCCCACCAGCGUCAGGUUGACCCACCCAAAGCCUGGCCACUGUUGGGCUCAGACAGGCGGUGCACCCAGAAGGAGGCGGCGGAGCUACCCGCCGGAUCUUUAGAUCUCAAACCGAGACCUCCUUGCUUGACGUCUAGCAGAACCGUGGCUGAGGAGAACCAGGAAUCGGGGGUCGACAGCCGCUGUUCAGGUCCAGAGUCCAGCAGAACGCAGGGUGUGGCACAGUCAGAGGGUGGCCCCCGCCCAGAUGAGCUGGUGUGGGGGAUGGUCCCCGAGUGCGUCUGUCCAUUUUGCCAGAAGAUGUUCGCUGGUCCAGAGGAGCUGAAGGUCCAUCAGAGGCAGCACCGAGACAAGAAACUACACUGAUGGCCCAGAUGCCGGAGACACCCUCCCCCCUUCCCCCCAGCCUCACCUGUCGAGGCCUGUGAUUGGCCCACGGUUCACUUGCCCCAGCGAGCUUUGUUGUCCCUGAGGCGGGUGAUUGGCUGGCAAACUACAGGAGUCACGCUCUGGAUGGAAGUGGGUGGGGGGUGGGGGGCAUGCUGUAUUACAUUGAUAGAUACGGCGGACGAACCAUAUAAGUCACAGAGGGGGAAAUCCUAUGACUUCACAUCGAUCAGAGUUGUAGUGAUGAUGCAGUAAUGGAGCAAGCAGCCCUUGACUUGGGAGCAGGAGGCGAGGAGACUGGGGGGGGAGCAUAUUAAUGCCUAGAGAUGGUCCCGGUCUUACAGCGUGGUCCUUAGCGUACCUUCCCGGCGAGACGGAUGGAGCCUCACUGGCCUGCCCUGCUGCAGACCGCUGUCUUCGUCUCUGGCCUUUCAUGCCCAUUCUGGUAGAGUCCAGGUCGUCAGUAGAUGUGAGAAAUAACCUCCGUCUCUGAGCAUAAUAUCUAGCUUUAGGUGCCUCUAUAACCCCAGCUUCUGUUACACUAGAAAGACACUUAAUUUAGGGAAAAUUUAUAUAUAUAUAAUAGGCUAUAGGUUUUGCUAUCUAAUCUUUUUAUGCUUUAUAUAUUUUUUAUAAACGGUAACUCAGUGAUUUUUUUGCUGUUAGGUCUAGACUAACUUUAAAAUCCUUGUAGAUUUUUUUUUUUUUUGUUUGUUUUUGUGUUUAAAGCGUUUUCUGUAAGUGUGCAUUAAAGGACUGCUUCCACAUGCCACAGCUCCACACGCGUGACCUUGGAUAGGUGUCCUGGGACGCCGCAGAGGGCAAACUCGGUCCCCCCGGGGACUUCACACAGUAACGCACAGGGACGUGACGAAAAUGUGGAGUUUUCAUUCUGUGAAGACAUUAACGUUAAAGUAAAUUUAAAUGUACUCCGGUUACGGACCGAGCUUUCUGAAUUACUCCUAAGGGGAAUUUGCCCAGCAAGCGGAGCGUUUUACUUUUGCUUUGAGAACGUCACGAAGUUCGCGGACUGCGAAGCCGGAGUGACCCAGAAAGCCAGUGAACCGAACCCGAACGGAUCACGAAAACGGGUCACGAGGAAACCCGACGCCAGGGAGCCGAAGAAACGGACGACGGGGGCGAUCGGCAGCAGUUAUGGGUGAGACUUAACGUCCAAAAACCCAACGCGGCAGCGAGAACCUACAUUAACUAAAUAAUAUCCCUAACGUUAAUAUAUCCGAAAGAAACGCAAAGCACUCUGGGACUGAGAGGAACGACAAUAGCAAAGACCAGUGCCCCUCAUGCACUGGCAGACUCCAGCCUUGCCUGGACAGCGCAGGGCGCCCCCUGCAGUACGUCCAGUGCUCUGCGGGCGCCAGGUCCCACCGCUUCUGCCGCUCCUGCCUCUGCCCCUGGGCUCCUUCCCGUGAUGCCGCCCCCGAGAGCUGCAGCAACGGCUCCUGCCAGCUAGUGGCCACGCUCCUCAGCUGCGAGACGGUGACGGACACCAAAAGCCGGGUCUUCGGCUGCCCCCUCUUCCGGGCCUGUCCCAAAUGCCACGGCCUGAUCAUGCACGAUUCCGGCUGCAAGUAUGUCGUAUGUCAGCCCUGCGGCCUCAAUUUCUGCUUCAUAUGCCUGCAGGACAGCCGACAGUGCAGGAAGAAAAGAGAACUCUACUGGUCGACAGAAUGCAAUAAACCCCGGGCAGCCAGGCAGACGUUUGUCACAGGGAGUCACUAAUGCACGUGGACGUCGGCUUCCAUCCUUUUCUGUCAUGGCAGGGUAGAAAAAGAGAGAGCAAAGAACAGCUUCCAGUACUACAACAUUUAAAUUAGGCAGAUAAUUUGCGUAACGAGCUGCAAGGCCUCAAAAGCUCAUUGCUGCCACCUGGAGGCAAAAGACACCUUGAAAAAAAUGACACAAUAUCAGUCAUCGCUUCUUUGAUAUUAUUCUUUAAAACACUUUAAAUCAUAUUCUAAAAACAAUACUAUACUACAGUAAAAGGAAUUGUUUGAUUUACAUUGCAAUAUCUGAAAAAAAAAAUAAUUUUGGAUGCCAAUUUUUGUUUUAAUCAUCUAUGAUAGGAAUCAUAAGGAUUGAGGUUAAUUAGGACAAGGGGUCUUGUCAAAAUGAACACUAAUUUACAAAUGAGCAGCUUGGGGGUCCAUUCUGAAAAGUGGUCUGCAAUACUGACCAAGACUAUUGAAGUUCACUGUUGGCAGACAGCCUUUGCAACAGCUGGAACAUCUCAGACAUCAAAUCCAUCAGUCCGUCAUCAACAACGCAGCUUCGGUCAAUACAGGACGCCUGAACUGUCUCUGUGCCGUAGGAGUACACCAGAGAGUUCGCCCUAACCCCAAAUACCUGUGUAUUUAACUGCAUGUCAUACGAAAAGUUAAGUCUCCUCUUCCAAGCCAUCUCAACAGUUGUAAAUGCAUAACCAGGUUUUGUCAGCAGGAGGCGACCACACUGGGGUACAGGAGCACCAGUCUUCAGCUACAGAGUUUUCCUCAUUCCACCUAAAGCCAUUCUUCAGCUCAGUGCUGUACUUGUGUUUCAUUUGAUAGGCAAAGCCUGGAAUCUUCAGGCCAGAAAGUAUUGCGGGAGCAUUAUUAUUUGAUUUAUUUCUAAAUAAACAGACUAUCAAUUAA